AUGGGAGGUAAACCACAGCCAAUCGUUUCCGAUUUGAAUUUUACUGAUGUAUUAUAUCCGGUGGGCAACGCUUUGAUUCUUUUUUAGCUACAGUAACCCUAAGCUUUGAUAAAAAUGAAAAUUUUAUAUUUUUGAUGUCACACCUCCAAAAUGGACCACCUGAACCCGAAACAGUAAUUUUUGCAAUUUUCGGCCGUUAGCGGCCGAUGCCCGGCCCUCGUCUCAUCAUCCCGAAAACCUUGAAAACCCGCGGAAUCCCAUGAACAAAUAUCCUCCCCCAUUUUUUGUGGCCGUCUUAAGUGAGUCUCCGCGAAAACCAAGUUAAAGCUGGUUCGGGGCGGUAAUUUUCAAAACUGCAUGAAUAUGCAGGCGGCUACAGGAGAGGCCUGGUUUCGGCUAAUAUCCCGGGAGAGUUGUGGGUUCAGGCUGCUGUAAUGAACUUGGCCCGGCGCAAAGGAUGGGCCCAAGUUGUAAGAAAUGAUACUUGUUCGGCUGUAAACGAGGGGUAGGUUUGGAGUGAAUUUAAAGGGCAAAAAGAGACAGAAAAUCCUUAUUACUUAUUGAACUUACAGCGCUACAACGCAGUACUACAAAAUCUCCUUUUAGCGAACAGUUAACUCGUCCUCUAAAGCGAUUGCAGGCUGAGAAAACGGAGUUCUGCCACAAAGAAUGCACUCUUGAUCUGCCUCAAGAAUAUCUAUCAUUCCAUCCUAACAAGUCCCCAUCAACUCCAACUAAGCCCAUCCCCGCUUUCCUUAAGUCAAAAUAA